CCGGGGCAAACGGGAGAGCCGAGGGAGUCACAGGGGCGGCCGAGCGCAAGGCAUUGUGGGAAUAUCCCGGAGCAUCCUUUCUGCUGGAUCUGCCCCUGCCCGACAAUGCGCCACACAAACCCGACUCGGAGUCAGAGGAUGAAGCCCCGUCUUUGGAUGGAGACCUGCCUGUUUGUGAUUGUCCUUCACUCUGUCUUCUUCUCCACGUUGGGAGUGUGCCCCCCCCAGUGUGUCUGCGAGACCCGCCCUUGGUUCACCCCGCAGUCCGUCUACCAUGAAGCCAAGACAGUCGAUUGCAACGACCUCCUACUCACUCACAUCCCUGAGAACCUGUCCACCGAUAUCCAGGUUCUGCUUCUCCAGAGCAACAAGAUCUCUCACUUGACUUGGGAACUCCAAGAGCUGAGCAACCUGACCGAGUUGGACCUCUCCCAGAAUCACUUUCAAAGCAUUGACGACUUGGGCGUGUCCAACCUCUCCCAGCUCAUCACUCUGUAUCUGGAAGAGAACCAGCUCCGAGAGUUGCCCGACUACUCCUUGAAGGACCUGGGAAGCCUGGAGGAACUCUACAUAAACCACAACCAGAUCAGCUACAUUGGCCCCAGGGCCUUCUCGGGUUUGGGAAGACUCUUAAGGCUACAUCUGAAUGCCAAUCGCUUAGAGAUCAUCGAUCCCAGGUGGUUUGAAGACCUCCCCAAUCUUGAGAUACUCAUGGUAGGAGAGAACCCCGUUACUGCUCUUCAGAGCCUGAACUUCCAGCCCCUCGGCAGACUGCACAGCCUCGUUUUGGCCGGAAUGGAACUGGAACACAUUCCAGAAAACGCCUUUCAGGGACUGGAUUAUCUCGAGAGCCUCUCCUUCUUCGAUAAUCGUCUGACGGAGGUUCCAAAGGAAGCGCUCAAGAACCUGAAGCUGCUAAAGUUCUUGGACCUCAACAAGAAUCCCAUCCCUGAAAUCCGGGGCGGUGAUUUUACAGGCAUGGAGCACCUGGAGGAGCUGAGCCUGAAUUCCAUGGAGGAACUGGAACGGGUGGAGGCUGAGGCCUUCCAGGAUCUCCCAGAGCUGAUCAAGCUGGAGAUGUGCAAUAACCCAAGGUUGUCGUACCUAGACCCAGAAGCCUUCUCCAGUAAUCUAGGUGCCCUGAAGACUCUGCUGCUCAACAAUAAUCGCCUAGCAAUGGUUCCGCUGAAAAUAUUCCAAGCUCUGCCGGGACUACUCGAGAUCAGCCUGUACAGCAACCCCAUUCGCUGUGACUGCCAGAACUGCUGGAAGGGUCUCUCCAAGCUCAGACUCAUCGAGGCCCAGGCCACGUUGUGUAUCAACCCACCUUUGGUCAGUGGGCACCUUUUCCAAGAAAUUCAAGGGCAGGCAUGGCUGAACAGAUGCCCGCCACUAAUAGAUACCCACCUGAUCCCUCCCCAGUUUCAAAUUGCCCGGCACCAACCGGUAAAACUCAGCUGCCAGGCGAGUGGCCACCCAAAGCCCGAGAUCUACUGGAUGACGCCACAUGGGGAAAGAGUAACAGGCACCAACGGGCGAGUGAAAAUCAACGCGGGAGGCUCGCUGGAGAUCACUGACGCGGUGGAGGAAGAUUCAGGCUCGUACACGUGCCAGAUGUGGAACUCCGACGGGACGGACAGCAAGAGCGUCUUCGUCUCCAUUAACAGGACUCAGGAACCAGAGGCCAUGAGUCUUCUGAUGGUCACCAAGAAGGUCCACUCCAACUUUGCCGUGGUGGAAUGGAAAAUGCUGAGCGGAUCGGGGGUUUCCCCAAAUGUUCUGGUCCCGUUCCAGUGGUCCUCGGCUACAAUGAGGAUACACAACCCUCACAUCAGUUACACGGCCAAGGUCCCCCUGGAGGUACAAGAGUACAACCUCACCCACCUUCAGCCCUCCACCAAAUAUGAAGUUUGCCUCACCGUAUCCUCCGUUUCCCAACCGAGUCAACAGUCUUGUCUCAAUAUAACCACCAGAGACGCUUCUUUCUCCAUGGCAGUGGUGGGUCGACCAGUCAGCAUCGCCCUAUCGGCUGCCCUGGGUUCCCUGGUGGCCGCCCUGUGUAUGGCCGCCCUCAUCAUAUACAUUGGGUGCCACUGUAGGCACAAAAGCUGUGGCCACUCCCUGAAGAAGUACAUGCAGAAUGCCCCCUUCAUUCCCCUCAAUGAGUUCUACCCGCCCCUGAUCAGCCUUUGGGAAGGGGAACUAGACAAAGACAAAGAGAGCGCUCUAGAGCAACCGGUUCUAGGCCUCGCCCAGGAAGACAAGGUCUGCCCCCUGGUGGCCCAAAUUGACACCUCAAAGACUUUCAUUUGGCAGCCGUAAUGAUGAACGUGGCAAAAUAUCCGGUGUUUGUGUAGGCACAAAGUGGCACUGCUAGAAUCCUUUGUCACUACAGUAUUAAGGUGGGGGUCUUAGAGCAAACGUCACCCCCAGCCAACGUGAGCAAGGUGUCCAUGUACCCACCUUCGGUGUUUUGUGGGUAGGUUUUAAGAGACUGCCCCACCGCCAGUCAUGGUUGGCACCCAAGUCAUGGGUCUCCGUGCCAAGGCAGAGGAUACCACGGGGGGCUCGGAGAGCCUUUAUACAGUUGGAACCCAACGUGGGGGUACGAUGAAUAGGGCCACCCCCGGGGAACUACUUGGUCCAGUGAGGACAUUCGGGGACCCUGUGACAUAACGACCAAGACUUUUUUGGGGUUUCCCAGUACAGCUGUCCCUUCUGCACCCCAGAACUUCAGAGGCAGCCAACGUUACGGACCUUUUCAGAACCCCUGUUUGGGCCAAUGGGGAGCUGCCAAAAGGGGCAGAUAAGGACCUACUGGUCAGGGGCUGACUAUGGAGGGGCCAAUGAGAAUUAUGGGGGUGCCUUUGAGUUACGCCGUUGUACGUCGUUUUCUGAGUAUGUUGGUGCUUCAUAAAUAAAUGGUGAAAAUGA